CUGAUCGUUGGUCAAAUAUUUGAAGGAGGAGCUCCAUAAAGGAUACUGAAGAUAUUUUCAUGAGCGUUGGUCAAAGAUGAUAAUUUGUUAAGGAUCCAAGAGAAUAUCGUAUCCAAUGCAGGAUUUAACAACUAUCCAAAAUCCUAUCCUGACUAGAGUCAGAACACAAAAUGAGGUAUCACCAUUUCUAAGGCUAACACGGAAGCGAUGGUGGAUUUUACUGGCAGUCAAUAUUGCCUUUGUCGUUUUAGGCCAAACUGCAGCCAUCUUGCUUGCUAGAUUUUAUUAUGCUGAAGGUGGUUCAAGCAUGUUUGUAGCCACCCUUGUACAAACGGCUGGGUUCCCUGUUGUUUGUAUUCCGCUAAUCCUUAUUCCAUUACCGGCAAGUACUUCACCUCCUCCUGACUCACGUACCAAACGGAACAUUAUCUUGAUCUAUCUUUCUCUUGGUGUACUUCUUGCUGGUAACAACUUGCUCUAUGCCGUGGGACUUUUAUAUCUCUCAGCCUCUACCUAUUCCCUCAUAUGUGCAACCGAGUUAAUUUUCAACGCGGUAUUUUCUUAUUUCCUCAACUCUCAGAAGCUCACCCCAUUGAUUCUAAACUCUGUGGUGAUUCUCUCUUUUUCUGCGGCUCUCCUAGCACUGAAUUUGGAUUCCGACUCACCAGGUGGAGUUUCCAAAUGGGAAUAUGCCCUCGGUUUUUUAUGCACUCUUGGCGCCUCAGCUGUGUAUGCUCUUCUUCUGUCUCUAAUGCAGCUUUCCUUCCAGAAAGUGUUGAAAUCUGAAACUUUUGCUGUAGUUAUGAAGAUGCAAAUCUACACUUGUCUUGUAGCAUCUAUUGUUUCACUCGUUGGUCUUUUUGCAAGUGGGCAAUGGAGGACUUUACAGAAAGAAAUGGAUGACUUUAAUGCGGGGCCUCCUUCAUACUUCAUGACCUUGGUUUGGACAGCUAUAUCUUGGCAAGUUUGCUCAGUUGGUGUAGUGGGCUUAAUUUAUAUGGUAUCUUCUCUUUUCUCAAAUGUCAUUAGUACAGUAGCUCUCACUGCUGCUCCUAUUGCUUCUCUGAUAGUUUUCCAUGAUUCGAUGAAUGGCGCCAAGGCAAUCGCCAUGCUUCUGGCACUUUGGGGGUUCGCUUCUUACUUGUUUCAAAACUAUCUGGAUGAUAGUCGAGCUAUGGAAUCCCCGAAACCAACAGAAAUAGAUAGUAGUGUUACUGAGAACCGUAAGGAGUCUUUCUGUAGUGUAUCUUUAGCAUGAGCAAUUAUUCUCAGUUGUAGACUCUAAAUCUUAACUGCAUUAAUUCUGCCAACGCUUUCGGAAGUAAAUUUGUACCUAGUUAGUAACAUUCUUUUAGUUGUAGAUUCAACAGCUGAUUGUAUUGUUGUUUUGCUUCCAUUGGUAAAAAUGGCAAUGUGAAGCAUGAACUUUAUGUUAUGCACAAGGCCAAACUGCAUUACAUGAAGGGCAGAACAGGGGAAAAUGAGGCCUAGAAUAUCAACUUUCGUUAUCUUAA